AUGGAUCACGCCGCCGAUCAGCCUCACAGGCCAAACCACAUCACCAUCUCCUCAGAUGACUCGGGUUCAGCAAAAAUGAGCGUCCUCCUCCGCGAUGGUGGCCAUCCGAUGGCGGAGAUGACACGUCGUAACUAUGACUCGUGUCUCUUCUUGAAGAAGCUUCCCCUGGAGCUUCGCAUUAUGAUCUACGAGUUGGCUCUCACUCAUUCUACGGACAUCGUCCCGCAGCAGGUCACCAAGUACUCGUUCAAGUUUAGCUGGGGCGCCUCUAAAUCCAGCUUGUUCAAGAUCGCUCCUGGGAAGUCGGAGUUGCACCCCUGGUCUUUUGGAGAUCCUCUCACAAUCUCCCAACUUGAGCAAACAUGCUUUAGCAUAUCACAAGACUUGACCCUCCACCCCAUUUUCUAUCGGGUAAACACCUUUCGAUUCAACAAGGCAACCGAGCUGCUUCGGUAUCUUGCAGCUAUUACACCACAGAGACGACGGAACAUCCGCGCAAUCACACUCGACAUAAAAAUGAACGGAGUGGGUUGGUGCUUCAGUCUGCGUUACCAUUACGACUGGCUAUAUUGCAUGGACCACGUCGUGCUCCUUAGUCAAUGUGAAAGCCUGAGGCGUCUUAGUAUCAUUGUCGAUGUCCGGUACUAUCACGGGUGGUUUUAUAGCCGCCACUAUCGCCCGCAGUUGAGCAAUGUCCUUGAAUCUAUGGGCGCUUUGCUCAAACGUGUCAAGGAAACCACUACCUCUCCCACUGGAAGCCCGUCUUUCUUCGACUUACCGAGCGCGGCUCUCUUUCUCCGACUUUCCGAUCAGUUGGUUGUGCAGCCGACUACCCUGACGCACAGCAUUGUACCGAUCUCCAUCGACUCAGCCUUUGGGUAUGACAGCUUGGACAUGUUCUCAUCAGCCAUACUUCAAGAUGAAGCCUUUCAGUCACAAUGUCGGGAAUUCAGCAAGGUGAUAUCAGACGAGGAAGCUCUUGCAUUCCGGCGAUUUUCCGACUCCAGGAGCCUUAUAACAACUGAGGCCAUCAUGCAAGCCACAACCCGGGCUAAAAUUGACAUGCCUGGACACCUUCGCGCCAAAGGAGCCAUCAUCGAUCGCGCAGAAGGACCGAUCGCGCUCCGUACCCGAAGUUCGACGGUUCAAAAGUAUGAUGUUGACGAGCUUGGGCUCUUCAAACAUCGGUAUCCAAAGUACAGUACCGACGAAUUCCUACUUUGGGGCUUCUCUGUAAAAGGACUUCGAUGGAGUGGUUCUGAGAUCGAGUUUCACGCAGUCUUCGAGUCCUCUAUUCGAAAACGAGAACCAUCUUGGGAACUGCUUCAUGUGCUGCCAAAAAGCAGCAGUUACGGCUGUGGGAAGAUUGCCAGAUUCUACUAUGAUACAAUUAACCAAAGCAGGGCGACGCGUGGGGCCAGUCCAAAGCUUGCGCAGCUCAAGAGCAUGCCGAGUCCUGACGCAGUCAUCGCUGUAUGCCACGGGGCCGCCCCGAAACGUUGGGUCAGUCUACAAAAGAAUUUUCUGAAGGCUAUUGCUCGCGGCGAGAGAUUCGAGAGAAGCAACCGUACCAAGGAUGGGCGAAAGGCUGAUGUUUGA